AUGGGAAAAUCAGAAGUAAACGCAACUGGUUUGACUCCAGAUGAAUCUAAGAAAUUGAAAUCAAGAACUGAACGUGAAGAUGAAAAGGUUAUCAUUCGCUGUUUGAAAGACUUGUAUACUUGUAAUCCAUCCGAGAGUGCUUAUGAGAUGUAUGCAGAAAAAGCUACCUUUCAUGAUCCAGUCUCAAUUGCUACUCCUCUCUCAUCGAUCAAAUCUCAGUUCAACGGGAUGCCAAAAGUCUUUAGUAGUGCGACGAUUGAUAAGUUUGAGGUAUUAGAAAGUCCCAGUACCUUACCCAAUCCUCCUGGACCAGAUCAAUUCACUGUCAUCAACCAGGAUGUCACUUACUUUCGAAAGGGAGAGAAAUUCAAGACUGUCAACUCUCUCUUGACCCUCGAGAGAGACCCUAAUGGGAAAGUCAUUAAACAUACCGAGGAAUGGUCUCAUGAUAAACAAACUGACGCCAAUGAUGGUAUCUUUGGCACUUUGAAUGAAUGGAGAAAGAAGUUGACUGCCAAUGUGAUUGAUAAAGGAGUGUCGGAUGACCCUUCAAAGGCCAAGUGA